UGAUCAGUGAAGACCCAUAUUGAGAUGCAAACUCCACCCCCACCCCCUUGGAAGGUGGGAGGGUUUGCAGACAUGUGGAUUAAUUGAGAUUUGCCUACACAUUGCCCUUCUCUGGUCUACAGUACUGUACAGCAAUCAGCAAAGUGCAGUUAGGACAAGAGGAGCAACUACACUAAAAUUGGGCCCAGGCUUUGAGUGUGCCCAGGUGGAUGAAGCUGCUGGCCUAUGUGCACUGUGUUGUGGGAGGAGAGGAAAUGUGCACUGGAUGAUCAUCUGCACACCUUCCAAAUGAUUAGAGGACAUACCUUUUUAGUCUGGCUGUCCAUCUGUGUUUGUUGUGCUGUUCAGGUGAAACUGGAGCUUGGGCACCGAGCCCAGGUGAGGAAAAAACCCACUGUGGAGGGUUUUACCCAUGAUUGGAUGGUGUUCGUUAGAGGACCGGAGCAUAGUAACAUUCAGCACUUUGUGGAGAAAGUCGUCUUUCACUUGCAUGACAGCUUCCCUAGGCCAAAAAGAGCAUAUGGCGAGGUUGUGUGUCAUUUUCCCGACUGUGGAUACGCGAAACUGCAGUGUGCAAAGAUCCACCGUACAAAGUUGAGGAAUCUGGGUAUGCUGGUUUCAUUUUGCCGAUAGAGGUUUACUUCAAGAACAAGUUCUGCUGAUUUGCAAAGAUGCUUAUUUCGUUGAACUUCUUGCUGGUGGUGGUUGUUAUGCUUAAAACUGCAUUAGGUGCUGUACAAAAUAAAAACAUGUCCAUCUCAAGAGCUUGUAGUGUAACAAAUGACUGCCUCUGAAUUCUUGACAGGAAGAACCGAAGAAAGUUCGCUUUGACUAUGAUCUGUUCCUGCAUCUGGAAGGCCACCCACCUGUAAAUCAUCUCCGCUGUGAAAAGCUUACUUUCAACAAUCCAACAGAAGAGUUCAGAAGAAAGCUGCUGAAAGCAGGAGGGAUCAUGGUAAUGUCAGAUGGAACAUCAACUGCUUCAGGGCAGAGUCUUCACUUCCCCAACCUUCCCAGUAAUUCCCUCUCUUUUUCUGAAGUGAAGAAGAAAUCAUCUCAUGGGCCAAAGGACCCAAGUAAGAGCAUAAGCACUAGCAGCAGCAGUAGUAACACUUUUUCAAAGCCCCAUAAAUUAACAAAGGAGCACAAGGAGAAACCUUCUAAAGACUCAAAAGAACAUAAAAGUGCCUUCAAAGAACCUUCCAGGGAACAUAACAAAUCUUCCAAAGAAUCCUCUAAGAAACCCAAAGAAAACAAACCAUUAAAGGAUGAAAAAAUAGUUCCUAAAAUGGCCUUCAAGGAACCCAAACCUAUGUCAAAGGAGCCAAAAUCUGAAAAUAACAUACUUACCAUAACAGGUGGACAGCAGCAAGAAAAAAAGGCCCCAACAAAGAGACCUCCUGGUAUGGAUACUGAGGAACUUGCAGCCAAAAAGAAGAAGAAAAGUGGCUCAGAGGCUUUAUUUAAAAGCUUUUCUAGUGCUCCCCCACUGAUACUUACUUGUUCCACCACUGACAAAAAACAGACAAAGGAUAAAUCUCAGUUUAAGAUUGGGAAAGUUAAAAUGGGAAGUGAGACACUUGAAAAGAAAAAGUCAACAUUACCACCAUUUGAUGAUAUUGUGGACCCUAAUGAUUCCGAUAUGGAGGAGAACAUGUCCUCGAAAUCUGAAUCUGAGCAACCUAGUCCUGCCAGUUCAAGCUCCAGCUCCAGCUCCAGUUUUACACCAUCUCAGAACAGUCGACAACAAGAUGAACUUGGUGAAGAGCUGCCAUUUCUCAGCUAUGUUCACCACUAUGCCCUUUUGUGUAAACGUGUUCAACAACAAGAAAAAUGUCCUUUGAGGUCUAUAAUGAAAGAUCUGCAUUCUGAUGAUAAUGAAGAUGAAUCUGAUGAAGCAGAUGAGAAUGACAAUGACUCUGAGAUGGAGAGACCUGUAAAUACUCAUGGAGGAAGCAGGGGCCGCAGGGUUAGUCUAAGUGAUGGAAGUGACAGUGACAGCAGUUCAGCAUCUUCACCGCUACGCCAUGAGCCACCACCUUUAUUAAAAACCAACAACAACCAGAUUCUAGAAGUGAAGAGUCCUGUAAAACAGAGUAAAUCAGAUAAACAGAUAAAGAAUGGUGAUUGCGAUAAGGCAUAUCUUGAUGAACUAGUUGAGCUCCACAGAAGGUUAAUGACACUAAGGGAAAGGCAUGUACUCCAACAGAUCGUAAACCUAAUAGAAGAAACAGGACACUUUCAUAUCACGAACACAACCUUUGAUUUUGACCUUUGCUCACUGGACAAAACCACAGUUAGAAAAUUACAGAGUUACUUGGAAACAUCUGGGGCAUCCUGAGAACAUCACUCCUGGCUGCAUCAAAGACUGUGCUCUUUUUUUUAAAAAAAGAAAUAAAACAUUUAGAAUGAUGCAACCAAAAUAGCGCGUGCAAAAAAAAAAUCAGCCAACUCUCUUCAGCUUUAUUUUUUUGUUGAAGCCAGUCAUCAUCUCUUGAUAAAGGAGAAGAAAAGUGACAAGCCUCAGAGGAUUUGCUCUUCUCACCAAGGAAACGCUCUGGAAGAGUUAGCCUGGAUAGCCUUGAAAAAAAAAAAAACACUUAAUGAAUGUGUAUGGUAUCAUGUAUCUCUCUCUGUGGUAUUCCAGGCCACUAGAUGAAUGCAUGUUCAACACACUGCCUUAUUACAUAACUGAUCUAUUUAUUAUUGCAUACGCAUCUUAAGUCCUUGAGGGAAUGACACUACCAGAUGUUACAAGUCCUUGUGUCCCGUGUAGACUCCUUUGAUGCAGAGCCACCGCCGUCACAAGCCUUCUGACCUUACUCUUAAGAACCCUAAUGUCUUGUUUCCAUUUCCACUGCCCCGCAAAAGAAGAUGGCCGGGGGGGGGGACCAAAAGGUGGCCCAGUUUUUUUCUUUUUGGUUAAUGUUCAAUAGGCUGCAGAAGAAUGGGUCCCCAGGCUGUAUUUGUGUAUUCGAUCUUGGACCAUGGUAGAAAAUGCACCAAAUAAGAUCAUGACUUGCUUUCUAGCCUUAGUCAAUAAACCAGUAGAACUUUUAUGGAAGGGGAAAAGUGUUACUGUAUACUAUCCUGAAUCCAGCAUUGUUUUUGCCAUCAACAUAUUUGUGUCUGUUUUAAUGUGUUAUUAGAUAUCUAUGAAGCUAAAGGCAUUCUAGAGGUUUGCCAUAAAAAUGAGGAACACUAGUCCAGUUUUCUAUGGAAAAGUUGUAGAAAAUCCUAAAUUUGGAGCUAUUUAUUACUAGAAGUUCCAGCACACAGCUGCGUAAAUGUGCAGUUCAAUCUUUUGUUAUAAAAAAUAUAGCCCCCCCCUCCCUUUUGCUGAUACAAUAUAUGGUCUGUUUAGAUUUUGUUUUUUGGCUUUUUUUCUGUCUGAUAAAUUAAAACAUUGUCAUUUAAACGGUUGGGAUAACAACAUGUUGGGAGACGGUUUUGAAGUUUAGUUCUUGCUCAGUAACCCACAUUGGUUUACAGUAAAGCAGUCAACUCAAAGGAAUUAGUUGAUUAAUCAUAUGACUUUUAAUCGAUUAAUCAAUUCAAUUUGCAUAAGUUUGCAUGUGAAUAAACAACAGCUCUGAAGAAAAAGGCCUACUUCCUUUGUUAGAUUAUGCAUGCAGUGGGCACCAUCUUAAGAGACAUCCUCCCCCUGUGCAGAAGAGGGAACACACCUUCUGAGAUGGAGCCUUUCACCCACAGUUUUCAUAAGUAUUUGCAUUAAAAAAUAAAUUUAAAUAUCUUUGUCUCCCCAGUUUAACUGAGGGCACCUUCUUAGCUGACUAAAAGGUGUUUGAGCCAACCAAUUAAUUGAGUACCCAGAAUGUUGGGGGCAAUAUGCUAAAUCAUUGUAAACCGCUUAGAGAGCUCCGGCUAUAAAGCGGUAUAUAAAUGUAAGUGCUAUUGCUAUUGCCAUUGCUAUUAAACAUCACAGCCCUAAUUUCCACAAGUAUUUCUUCUUUAAAAAGAGAAAAAGCUUUCAUUUUUUAACAAGUAGCAACUCUUUACAAAAGGGGAGGGUGCAGAGGAGACAUUUUCCUUUAAAAAGCCAUUGGAGUUAGGAUUUCAGUUAUUUUGCCCUGAUGAAAGAUACUGCUUAAGAAAAGCUUCUGAGUCCGAAGGAUCUGUCCGCCUUAAAGAGAGCCUGUGUUUGAGAAGCUGCCAGUGUAUUUCCAGUGUCUGCUUUCUUGCCAGAAGUCAUAUGUUGCUACAGUCAAGCUACAGCAGCAUCUGUGAGUUUUAUUGUUCCAUGCACAUGGUUUUGUGCAGUGUGUAAAGCUAAGUUCUUACUAGGGGUAUUUCUUCAUAAUCAAAUGGGAAUUCUUAACACUGUUUCUUUAAGUCCAAAGAAAUUAUUUCCUUUUUUGUAUAUGUGUGCGUGUGUGGUUUAUCUUUUUUUUAAAUUAAAAUGUUGUUUGACCAUAAUCUAUGGAAAGUCUUUCUCAGGCUUCCAAAAGAACAAGUGUACUUUUCUUCAGUAAUGUUAUGACUCUUAUUGAUGAUUGGCAUGAAACAUACUUGAAGCGUUAUGUUCUUUUAAGUCCACAUGUUAAUUAAUGUGCAAUUGUUGGUGGGGAGGGGAAGGGGUGGGAGGUUUUUGAAAUCUCUUGACGUUGGGCAUAUGAUGUGACAUUGGAGUGUGGAAGAGGGGCGUUUGAGUGGGGUUUUUUACAUUUUUGUCAGCAUUUUUAUAUGAAACGUUUGAAAAUCUAAAAGCUGUCUCAUUUUUUUAAUAGCACACAUUCACCAUGUUUCAUUUCAGCUGAACACAAACCAUGUGCUUGUUUGGUCCAUUUUGACUUUUCUAACUAAAUUUUGUGGCAAAAACUCUUAAGACGUUGGAAGGUGCACAGACUCGCAUAACAUUGAUUAUAUAUUGGGACACGUCACUGUUUUUUAUUUUGUGGUUUUUAAAAAAAAACUGGAAAAAUAUGUCCGAGCCACAGAAAUAGUAGCUGAUGUACAGAAUCUGUUGGGGGUGGAGGGAUUAACUAUGUAAAGGGAAUAUUACUGCAAUUACAGUAGACUCUUAACUCUGACUUGCAUGUAGUUUCAUCAGUCAUCCUUAUAAAAUGUUAGUUCUCUAGUUUGAUGAGAAUGAGGAUGGAAUAAACACAUUUCAGCUGCAUUUGUGUGUGUUGAAAGUGAAGGGUGUUUUCCACAAAAUUCUGGUAGAAUAAGAGCUGGUAAGUGGUGUCCUUUUUAAAAAAAAAUACUUUAGUUAUUUUGUAUGCUGAAACAAAAUAAAUCCUUUUUCAAUGAA